AUGAUCAUCUACCGGGACCUCAUCAGCCACGAUGAGCUGUUCUCCGACAUCUACAAAAUCCGGGAGAUCGCGGGCGGACUGACAGAGGCAGAAGAACUACGUGAAGCUCUGAACAGGGUUUGCAAAGACAAGGCCAUGGAAGACGAAGAUGUGUCUCAAAAAGAACGGCAGGUUGUGGACACGUUUGUUAAUGAGUUUCCUGAAAUAAAAGAGAAACUUGAGAACUGUAUAAGGGAACUUGAGGCCCUUGAGGAGAAUUCUGAGACGACGUGCAGGGUCUUUACCAUUACCAAUGUGGUGACCGAUUCUGUGAGCAUCUUCUCUGGUCUUCUGACCAUCGCUUCAUUGCUUCUGGCACCUGUGACAGCAGGGGCCAGUCUGGGGCUCAUGGCAGCUGGGGCGGGGCUGGGAGCAGCAGCCACAGCCACAAGUAUUACCUCAUCCAUUGUGGAUGCCACCAUGAGUCAGUCAACAUUAGACAGAGCUCAAGAGACUUUAUCAAAUGCUAGUCUGAAUGUUCUGCGUGCUUUGGAGCAGAUCCUCGAAGAAUACGCUGUAGACUUUUAUUUCUGCGUCAAAGAUGCAAUAACCAGUUGGAAGAACUUCAGGGCCCUCAGACUGGUCCGACGCAAUGCUAGACUGGCAGCCAAUGCCAGGCAUUUCUCAGCCAGUGGAAGCCGCUUGGCCCAGGAUAGUUUGGAAGCACAGAGAACCUUAAGAGGAUCUGUCCUAUCAAUGACUAGGAGUGCCCGCAUCAAGGGCAUGGCCAGCACAGGUUUCUUCCUUCUGCUUGAUGUGGCCAGCCUUGUGAAUGAAUCAAUGGCCUUGUAUGAGGGGACAAAGUCAGAGUCAGCUGAAGAAAUAGGCAAGAUGAUUGCGAAGGGAAAGAGGAUGCUGAGGGGUCUCACUGAAAUCUAUGAGAACUUGCAGCGUUGGACACAGUGA